AAGAUUCGUCAUUCGGAUGUGUUGGAUGUGACGUUUUUUACCAAAGUUUUUAUGAAUUCAACAUAAAUAAAUAUGUGACAGGGAGCACUAAUCCUGUAAUAAGCGGGAGAUACGCGGAAUAUGGGCCUAAACGCCGCUGUUCAAGCGCUGAAGAAAGCUGAACCUCUAAAAGACAAGGUUCAACGGUGCAAGGAUCUCCUCACAGAUAAUGAUGCCUGGGUGUGUCAGCAGCAGCUCCAGAAGAUCUACCAGCAGGUCUUGAUUUUAGACCUAGAAUAUGCCCUUGAUAAAAAAGUUGAGCAGGAGCUCUGGAACUUGGGUUUCAAGAAUUACAUCGUCCUCCUCCAGACUCAAGCGAAAGACCGUAAAAAUCCGAAGCGUUGGGAGUCCCAAGCGAUGCUGAGUUGGUACCUAGAGGCAGCCUCCGGGUUUUACCUGACUCUACUCCAGGAGAUCUGCACAGCAUUCGAUUUGGACCUGCCAUUUCGUCGCAAGGGCUACAUAUACGGCUGCAUAUCCCCAUGGAAAGCCAUCGAGAAUCUCUCGACACCCCACAAGUCUUCGUGUUUCUACGCCUGUCAAUACUGCCUAGUGCACUUAGGGGACAUUGCCAGGUACAGAAAUCAGAAUAGUCAAGCCGAGUUGUUCUACAGACAUGCUGUCUCCUUAUCACCGUCCAGUGGACAACCUUACAACCAAUUGGCACUACUCGAGGCAUCCAGGGGUGACAAACUGGGGACAGUAUUCCAUUAUGUACGAUCUGUAGCUGUUAAGCAUCCAUUUCCCGUUGCCAGUUCGAAUCUAACGAAGACUCUGACCUCAGCACUCAACGAUCAGUCAUUUAACAUCGAUGGAAAAACUAAACUCAAUUCUCAGGAGUACACCUGCCUUUUUUUGAAGCUCCAUGGUAUCCUUCACACCCUGGGGGACCUCCAGCAAGCCAGAAAUAACGUUAAAAUUCUGUCUGACACGCUGACAGCUCUUGUUGCCACAGAGAGUUUCACCUCGUGGAGAUUGAUACAAAUGUUGAUAAUUAACAUAUACUCUUUGCAUCACACAGCUGGUCACAGCUUUGAAAAUCAUAUGGAUCUGAUGAAAGUGGAUCAGUUAUCAUCUGAUGAAAAAACCGCCAGAGCUUGCAUUCUCGAUUUGAUAGCAGCCAGUCUGUCAGCUCUCCUGCUGCCAGUUUACACUCUCAAAAAUUCUUACGUGGAUUAUUUCGCUCUACCGAGCAUUAAAUUAUUAUUGGAGUGGAUCUGCCAACAGCCCAUCAUUCUCGAAGACCCUGCUUUCUCAUCGCGACUCCAGAUAUGGCCGAGUCUGUGUGUUUUAUUGAAUGGAUUACAAGAUGGAAUCAAUGAUUUCGAGGGGGAGAGCUUGAUGAAGACUCCCUUACCCGAGGACAGGGAUCUCCAGGGGUUUCUCCCCCUGGAGAAGACCUUCGAAUCCUUGAGAUUUUGCAACAACGACCUGGAGGGGGAUACCAUCAUCAUUAAUAAACUGAGAGCCCUCAGGGUUAUCAGCCUGGGAAGACACUUGGCCCAGUGCCAGGUAAAUGGGAGAACUUUGCUGAACGUCGCCUGUUCGGAGAACAACCAAAUUAAGUUCACCUGCGUGUCUGAGGUGUCUGGACCCAGCAAUGAGCUCAUGAAGGAGUUGGAGGAGUUGAGUCUGAACAAGGAGAAGCAGAUUGUCUUCACUGUCAGUCCUGUUCCUUCGGAUUCUGCCAGCAGCAAAGGCUCGUCCGAAGCAGAGGUUACGGUGCAGUCAUUUGCGAAAAGAGUGGCGAUGUUAUUUGCUCAAGAGAAGAAUCGUGAUGUUUCUAAGUCCUCUAAUCCAGAAGUUCAGAGUAAUUCAACUGAAGUCAAUGGAGCUUUCACCAGGAAAAAUCGCCAGAAUAUUGCGAUGCAGGCGAUCAUGAGGCGAGUUGAGAAUGAGCAGAAGCAGGUGACAUUUAAGAAUGUGUCCCCAAUGAGCGUUGAGGAGGUUGAGGUAAAAAAAAGUCAGCCUUCAGACUCCGACAGCUUCAACAAUAUGAAGGCUAUUGUGGCACCGAUGGCUGUGAGAAAUCAGCAGGCAAUGACAGUGCCACUAGUGCCCAUUCCUCAGCUGGAAAAUCGCCAACUUCCAGGGGCUCAAUUUUUGCAGAACGACCAGAAGCCUGCCCAGCCCCAAUUUCGAUCCUCUGAAUUCGUCAAUCCGGGACAGUACGACAAGAGUUUUGGUUUCAACACAUUGCCACAUGGACCUCAAUUCCCUCAGAGACAAUUUAACAUGCAGCAGGUGAUCCCCAGCAUGCCACCUCCACCCCCACUGACCAAACCAUCACCAAGCAAUAUAUCUCAUCCCAGCAUGAUGAUGAAUCUGCACCCACAGGAAAUGCCUCAGUCAGGAUUUUACGACAGAAUUCAGCAGAAUGUUGCCAUGGGAGUGGACGUCGUCCCGGUGGGAAAUUAUCCAGAACCAAUGGCUCCUGGAAAGGCUUUCCAGGUGGAGGUGCCUUACUUCAAGCCAGGGGGACAGAUGGGGGCUCUGGUGCAAGUGGAACCGUUCAACAAAAUUGAGAGUAAAUCCAUCCCGAAUCACGAGCCUGCGCCCCUUCCCCAGCAGACUUACCCGAUGUACAGAAAUCACGAGCUCGAGUACAACCCCUGGAAGGACCACCAGCCCCCACCGCCCCCCGUCUCCUGGUGGGGGCCCGACAGGGAAAAAACAGAGAGGGACGCCUUCCAGAGCUGGGUGAACCCACCAGUGACGAGAAAUCAGGCGCCGAUGGCUGAUAACUAUUACCAAAAGAUUCAGGAAGAGAACCGGGGCUGUGAGGUAGACCCACUGAAGAGAUCCAUCAACACUCCGAACACAUACUCAUUGUUCAGUGGAAAUUCCUGGGGGACACCUGUUCAGAGCUCGAAUGUUGCUGUUAAUCAACCGAAACCCCGAUUAACCCAGCAGUCCCUAUGGUCGGGCCCAGGCCCAUCACCCCUGGAGCGCUUGCUCGAGCAGCAGAAAUCACUGCGCGAAGGUGGCACCUGAAGGAAACUGGAAUAUAUCCUGAGGAUAUUGGGUUAUAAAGUUAAAAAAAAAUAAUAAGAUGACAAAAAACACUUAUCACUAAAACUUCUGAUUCUAUUGAUUAAAAAUUAAUGCCGAUAGGUAGGCAAGGGAGGACGUGAAGAGAAUGAGUAGAGAUCGACAAAAUUAUAAUAACGUAAUUAAUGGGUGUUGAUGAUUUAGAGGACGAGAUAACGACGAGGUAAAGCCGUAAAAAAAAUAAUAAUCUGGACGUAGAUUGGAUUCAGGAGUUGUUUUGAUUUUUUUUUUCAAUAUUAACGUGAAACAUCGUAAUGACAUGCAUCGAGUCAAGCAUGCUAAUCAGGGAGAUUGAAAACCACACAAAAUGUACGAGUAUAGUGAUAACUGUGGAAAAAGUGCACUUGAUAAAUCCCUCACAAUCUCAAUGCACAAUUCCUUUUGAGUUCAGUCGAGGCUGCUUGAAAAAUAAAUCGAAUGAAAAAUCAUCGGUGAAAAAGUAUAGGUGAGGUGAAUAAAGGGAAUAAAAAGAACGAGCUGAAGCUAAAUGGUAUUAAACGUCACAGCCAGUCCCCUUUUCGGCUGGCCCCUCCCUUCUAUUACCUCCAUCCAAAGUAACAUUUUAUCAACUCGGAACAAAGCGUCUCAAGCGGCUGGAGACUGGAGCCUAUUGUUUGAUUUCGUUAUGUUGAGGAGCAAGAAACACGAAAUAAUUAGGUUUCGCCUAGCAAAUUAACACGUUUAUUUUGGUGAUUCUCAGUGGUACGUGCCACUGGGCUAAACAAUUGUAGAUUUAAAAAAAAAACAAAUCAUGCAUAUGAUGUAACUACAGCACGACAGUUGAUUGUAUUUGUCGUAGAUUGAAUUAAGUAGAAUGCAUUUGAAGUGAUGUGAAGCAGAAAAAAAAAAUCAUGAAAAAUAUAUAUACAUUGCGUUGAA